AUGCCCUAUACUAUGGCCACCUCUUCGAUAUGGGAGUCUCGUCGUCGGUAUACAGACGAAAACUAUAGACCAGCUAGAAGACGUGCGCCACGUGCCUGUGACCACUGCCAUGAUCGGAAAGUGCGCUGUGACGGCUCCAUCAAUGGGUUUCCUUGCACCAAUUGCCGCCUGGAUGAAUCCACCUGCUCCGUCCGGCCAGGCCUAGGUAAACGGAUCGGCGCGAAACAUCUGUUCAAGACACGCCCCAGAGAACGUAUCGCCUGUGCCUCAAUCGGCGAGGCACGAGCCCUUCACGGCCUUUCCUCGCAGAAGAAGCUAACAGAAAGUGCCUUUGCCAACGUUCCCCUGCCGUUCUCUUCGUACACUUUUCUCAAAGCGCCUGGGCUGAAGCGAUUGGGUCCCGUCGAAUUGGCCUUUCUCGAGUCGCAAGGAUGUUUGCAAAUACCGGCCAGACAUGUGACGGAUAGCUUCGUUCGCAGCUACUUCCUAUACGUGCAUCCGAGUCUCCCCCUGAUCGACGAGGCUGCGUUCUGGAGACAAUAUCGAUGCUCAAGCACCGGCCAUGAUGAAAGCAUCCCCCUCUUGCUUUUCCAAACAAUGCUCUUUGCUGCAAGCAGCUUCAUUCCAAUCGACGUCGCCAAGCAGUGUGGCUACGAAUCUCUUAUCUCUGCACGCGAUGAGCUAUAUCGGAGAUCCAAGUUGCUAUACCGCAGUGGCGUGGAAAGUGAUGCGUUUACAAUCGCCCGAUCAGCCCUGCUGUUGUCCUACUAUACAUCCGACACGGAAAUCAUCGCAAACUCAAGAUGGUUACGGAUUGCCAUCAAGAAUGCCAAAAGCGAAGGCGCCGAUCUUUACUACGUCCCCAAAGCCCAGGGGCCGAGGAAACAGUCUGACCUGAAAAGAGUUUGGUGGUGCUGUCUUAUACGCGAUCGCAUCGUCUCGCUAGGGAUGCACCGUCCAAUCCAAAUCACGCCGCUGGAAUUUGACCUUCGUCAGCAGGGCCUGACCAUUGACGAUAUGAGGGAUGAGAUAUUCUACUCUGAAGUAUAUGGACCAGAUACCAAAUCUGCUUUAUGUCAAGUGUUGUCGAGUCUCUGUCAUUUUGCAGCCACGGUGACUACGUUGCUCACGAUCCUCUAUCCUGCAAGACGCAAGGCAACUAUAGGAAUAGAGAGCCACGAUCGCGUACUGGCAAAGUUGGAAGAGGCCAAAUCGUCUUUGUUGCAAUGGGAGCUCGAUUGGAUGACGCAUGUAAAUGACAAAGAUUUCUAUCUGCAUUCGUCACUGGUACUUAAUACCAAUCUUGUUGCGCUAUAUUACCAGUCCGCCCGUAUUGCGCUUUGCAAUCACAAAUGUCUCAUGAUCGGCGACACGAACUCCCCCAAAGCCGCAGACCAAGAACAGCUGGAGUUCUGCCGGACAGAGUUGGUACGAGCAAUUGGCUCGACGGCGGAGAGAGUAAAGCAGCUCUUGACGAAUGGGGUUGCAGACAAGCUCCCGAUCAGCGCAGUCGCAUAUACGAUGCUACCUCAGAUUCUGCUCAGCGUGAAGACGCAGCUUUCGCGAAUCCCAGAGGACAAGCAAAGCCACGAAGUGACGCUAGUCUUCUUCAUGGAAGUCAAUCGCCACUACAGUUUCAGAUACUAUACGAAGCGUGUUCUGGCAGUCACCUCGGCCGCUCUUCAGCUCUGUCAACAAUCCGCCAUGUCGAAGACAGAUACAGAUACCGAUUCCAGCACGAUGCUUCGCUCGGACUGCUUUUUCGAUCUGUUUGAGCUCCGCUUGGCCGAAUAUACCCGGCUCCUUCGGUACAUUGACGAAUGCUUCUUCAUGCAGGACAAUCCCGACGAGGACAGACCGCUACCGAUAACCGGCGUCGGGGCAUCUGACCAUGACAUGCUUUCCAUUCCGCCGGUCUCAGUCUCAGAGCCUGAUGAUGCUGCCGUCGAGACAUCGACGCCGGCUUGGAUGGAGGCGAUGGAACUGUCUUUCUUUGGAUCGGGGACCCUCAAAGCCUUACUCCCAACCUCCACGACAGAAGAAAGCCCGACCAUACUGUCAUCUGAGAGCCCGGAUAGCUUACGGCCUCAACAUAGUAGUGGAUCCGAGCAGGACGAAUCAGAACCUUCGCAGGAAGUGCUGGAAUGCUUACGAUUCUUUGGUGAAUAA